GAAGAAGAAGAACUUCCGGGUUACAGAAGGAGGAGGAGUUGUGUUUCCGGGUCAAACCUGCUUCGAACUUCACCAUAACAGAAGACCGGCGCGUACAAGUUGCUUCCUCUCUCAUGUAUUACCGGUAGUGAUAAUUUUAAUAAACCGAGUAACAGCUAACAGAGACCGCGGUGAGAGAUGGCUGGUCUACCGCCUGGAGAUCCCCAACUGGUCUCGAUGAUAGUCAAUCAUCUGAAAACGCAGGGUCUGUUCGAUCAGUUCAGGAGGGACUGUUUGGCAGACGUUGACACAAAGCCAGCUUACUUGAACCUUAAACAAAGAGUGGACAACUUUGUCUCCAAUCACCUCUCCAACCACACAUGGAGCCCUCACUUAAACAAGAACCAGCUCCGAAACAACAUCAGACAACUGGUGUUACAAUCUGGGAUGCUGGAGCAGGGAGUGGACAGAAUCGUAGCCCAGGUGGUGGAUCCCAAAAUCAACCACAUUUUCAGGCCGCAGGUGGAGAGGGUGGUGCGUGAGUUUCUGUCACCUGGCAGCUGUUCUGAGGAGCCGCCUCCCCCGCUGCCUUUAUCAGAGAUCAAACCAGACAGCAGUGUUCCUGAGCAAGCCUCAUCGUCAGUUCCAGCCUCCAUCAAUGCCAUGUCCAUCCUAGACACCAUAACCUCGCUGAACCAGGAGGCCAGCGUCAGGGCCAGCUCAAGCACAGACAGACGCAAAGCUCCAGAUGAGCCAAUGCAGCUGGUGGAGGAGGGCGAGCAGGACAUGAGUAUCGAGGAGGGGGACAGCGACCAAGAAAAAAUGAUGCCAGAAGAUGGAGAGGAGUCUACAUCUGAGGUCCGGGCAUUGGAGAUGAAGACAGAAGACAUGCAGGAACAGGGGGAUCUGGGCAGAUAUGGGUUGAUAGAAGAGGUGAAGAUGGAAGAAGAGGAGUCAGGAGCUCAUGAGCAAACAGAGGAGGAGAGAGAGAAAGCAGGGAGUCGAACAAGCGGGAGACCAUCAGAAGAGAAGCAGGAUGAAGAUCUGAUGAAGUCUACCAGUCAGGCCAAGCAGAAAGCCAGAGAGAGGAUAAAAGAAGAGUACUUUUUGGAGGACUCUGACCUGGAUGGCCUGAGCGACAUCACAGUGAGCUCCGUCCACACCAGCGACCUGUCCUCAUUCGAGGGAGAGAGUGAGGAUGAGGAGCUGUUCUCUGAUUCCUCUGAAGAGGGAGAACUUCCACCUGAUGAUGAAGGUGAGGGAGGAGAGAAACAAGGUGAUGAAGGAGAAGAUCGAAAACCUCGUCGUAAGGCGUAUGUCCACAAGCCCUUCCUGUACUCCCGUUACUAUAGCGACUCUGAUGAUGAAAUCACAGUGGAGGAGCGCCGGAGAUCUGCGGCGAAGGACAAAGAGGAACGUCUGCUGAAGAGACAACAGAACAGAGAGCGGAUGGAAGUCAAGAUGAAACAAAAAGCUCUGCAGGCUGAGGAACAAGAUUACAGAAAACAGAGGAGUGGAGACUCUGCUGGCUUUGAGGGCCCCAGAGCCAAAGAAGCUCGCAAAGAGAGGAAGGUUCUGGAGAAGAAAAUGGCGCUCAGCAGGAAGAGAAAGCUCGACUCGAGGAAAGAGACGGAUGUUUCCACCAGAAAGAGAGGAGAUGCAGAAGGAUCCAAGAAGGAGGUGAAACAUACGGCUGUAAAAACCCCACAACCAAAGCUGAUACGAAAUCUGUCAGAGUCUGCAUCGUCUGACGAGAGGCACAGAAGAACAAGUGGCAACGUCUCUGAAGACUCCAGUGAAGCUAAGAAACUCUCAGACAAAAGCCGGACGCACUCCUUCAUCCUGGAGUUGGAGCAAGGUUCCCAAGAGGCUCUCAGACAACGCUCCGUGGGGAAAUUUGAUCGGUUCUCCCGCAAAGAUCCUCUCUCCAAAGAACGGAAAGACAAAGAGCGUAGCAUGUCGGAUGAACGUGCUAAGCUCAAACAAAAGCCGGAGAAGAAGUCUGAGCAUCAGGCGGAUGAGCCUCAGGUAAAGGAAGGAGUUGCUGUGAAAGUGUCCUCUGAAGAGAAAGGAGAGAAGAAGCUGAAGGUUAAAAGUGAGAAGAAGACAGCAUCAACUCAAAGAGAGGGGAGGUCGUCUAUAACUGAAGGGCAGGCAGAUGAGAGUCAGAAAGAUGUCACUCUUAAAAAGGCGAAAGCUUCUUCUGUGGAUGCCGUCAAAGUGGAUAAAGACAAAGAGAAGAUCAGGGAAAAGGAGAAAGAUAAGAGCAAAGAAAAGGAAAAGGCCAAAGGAGAGAAAAGUUCAGCCAAAGGUGACCUCAAGCAGCUGAUCCGACCCGAUUCUACCGGCUCCUCUGAAGAUCGAUCCGAUAUGGAGCCAACAGGGUCCGACAGCAGCAAGAAGAAGGAGAAACACUCAAAGGAAGUGCUGAAGAGGUCAAAGAGCCACACUGAGGACAGGCCAGGAGACAAACCCAGAUCUAAAGACGGCGAAAAGGAGAAGACCAAAGCAGAUCCAGACACCCAGAAGUCAAAUAAGUCCAGCUCUGAGAGUGAGAAGGAUCAGAAAAGGCUCAAGCCGACAGAGAAGGGAAAAACUUUCGAGAAAUCCAAAACAAAAUCAAAAGAUGAAGCGAAGACCAUGUCGACAUCAAAGACGGAUAAUAAAGCUCAGAGUUCAGACGUGAAAAGUACAGGAGCUGCAUCCGUCAGCAAACCUGAGAAGAAGAAAGAGGUCAGUGCGAAAGAACAGCGGAAAGCCUCAGAGGAGCCUCAACAGGAGAAGUCAGAAAUGAAGAGCACGAAGAAAAAAGUGGAGAAGAAAGAUAAAGGUCCAGAGAAGAAAGACGACAGCCGGGCGGAGAAGAAAACACCCAAAGAGGACAAAGUGGAAAAGUCUGAGAAGUCUGAGAAGUCUUCUGUGUCCCCCCAGAGCCUGGAAGCAGAGGAGCCGCUGAAGAAACCAUCUCUCCUACAAGACACCAGCACGGACUCUGAUCCCAUCACCACCACCGUCACCACCUCCUUCUCUGAUGACACCUGCGAUGCACUGAGCGACAUCACACCUGAGCCACCCGAGGGUGAAACAGAAUCACGGCUUAGUGAGAUACCAGCUGUGCCCGCGGAGGCAGACGCUCUGCUGACUCUCAUGGACAUUUGCACCUCAGUGGAGGCGAGACUUCCGCAUGAGAGCGAGCGAGUGGAGGCGACGCCCGAUAUACAGGACGCUGACAUGAAGAUGAAAGAAGCAGCUCUGACUCUGCUCUCCAUGGAUCCUGACAGCACGGUGACCUCCACCUUAAUUUGCCAAGAUGCCAGAGUAGAGCCGGAGAUGAACCCGGCCGCUCCUCAGCCAAUGGAGACCGCUGAGGCUCAAGGAGAAGAGCAGCAGCAGCAGGACGUGGUGACCCAAACAAGUGCUGAGACGCUGUUGACACCCGCAGGGCCGUCACUGGUCACGUCUCAGAAGAGUAAUGAGCUUGAAAAACAAAAACCUGCAGAUUUGUCUGAAACUCCAGAGAAAGAAAUGGAUGUGGAGAUGCCUGAAACAUCCCAGUCUGUCCCAGUGCAGGAGGUUAACACUACCUCGGAUAAAGUUCAGACACCAUCAAGGGAGGAGAAGGUAAAUCCUGCAGAGAUUGUUCCUGAAGCACAACCAGCAGCCUGCAAAGAUGCUGCUGAUGCCGUUGUGUCUGCAUCAGAAGAGGUCAGAGAAGAAGAAGCAGAAAGCACGGUCACAGUUGCUGCUGUUUCCGCUGAACAAGACUCCUGUCAACAAGAGCAAACAGAGCCAGAUGUUGCAGACACAAAAACCAGCUCUAAGGCAGAGGAAAAGGAUGCUUAUGACAAGCAGGUGAAGAUGGAUGUAGAGAAGAGUGAAGCUGAGAGGAAGACAGAAGAGGAAGAAAAGGUUGCGUCAAAAAGUGAUACUCAGAUUGUGGAAUCAACAGUGCCAGUUAAGACUGCAGAGACGACAGAGAGUGGACCUGAAAGACCUCAGAGUCAGUCCAAGCUGGUCCACCAAACCAGUAAUGUCUCCAGCACAGACAGCCAGGACGAUGAGAAGGCAUCCGACCUGUCAGAAAAGGAGGAGAGGACCGGGGGGAGAGGAAGACGCAAACGAAAGCUGUCCAUUCAGAAAGUCGAAGCGGUGAAAGAAUCAGGUGAUGAAAAGGAGAGUAAAGAACAACCAUCAGCAGAGGAAUCUGAUCAGGGGAAGAUCACAGAAGUUAAAACACCACGCCGGGGUCGAUCAUCUAAAACCACGGAGGAGGCAGAGAAACCAGAGGAGACUCCGAGCCGUGGGAGAAGACGGUCGGGAGCUGCAGCCAACAAAGUUCUUGAUGAUCAGAAGAAGGAUGAAAAUAAAGACGAGAAGAGCACCGACAAAAGUUCAUCAAAGCAACCAGCAGAGACCCAAGCGAGAGCUGAUGGAAACAGUGAUCCAAAGAUGACUGAACAGAGAGGAAGUCAGGAGAAUCUGUCGUCUCCCGUUCCUGAAGAAUCUGAAGCUGCAGGAAGCUCUGCCUCCAAAGAGACCACAGAUACAUGUGAACCAACACGCAAGAGGAAGAGGUCAGAGGAAGUGGAGGAACCUGUGGAGGAAACCCCGGCUGAGGAGGAGGCAGAGAAAGACGACGGUCAGCAGGAAGAACCUGGCACAGAUAGUGGCUCUACUCCGUCUGUGAGCCAGGCAGAAGGUCAACAGGAAACUAAAGAGGAGACGAGCAGCAAGGAGAAACCAGAUGAUGUUGAGGAGGAGCAGCCACAAGAGGACCAGGAGACGACUCCAAAGAAACCUGGCCGGAGGGGACGGCCCUCGAAGGCAGCAGCAGCCACAUCCACAGAGGACACAGAUAAAAAGGACAAAAAGGCAGAAGACAGUGAGCAGAAUGAUGAUGAAGAAGAGGAGGAGGAUGGGGAGGAUGGGGAGAAAGGAACAGCAACCAGAGCGACCACACGGGCAGCGUCUCGUCUGGAGGCUGAGAGAAACAAGCCAAGCAAACCGUCCACCCGGGCGAGUCGACAGAGCGGUAAAGAGGAGACCGCAGCUGGCACGCGCGGGACCAGGGGCCAGGCAGCAGCAGCGAAGGGGGGCCGCAAAAGGGAGGCCAGCCCCCCUGCUGUGCGAACGCGGGGAGGACAGAAAUCAGAGGAGCCCCCGUCGAAGAGAGCCAAACGCUAAAAAACCUCAGACACUGAUAUUUUUCUCUGCUCUCUAAAUCCAAGUCAGUUUUGUUGUCGGGGGGGCCGAGGACCCUCUGCAUUCAGUCACUCUGCACAUAAAUCUGUUUCUGCUUCAUUGACUGUGGGUUAUUGAAAAGCUCUGGUUAGUAUUACACACACUCCUCUGAUAGCGGAGUGUAAACCUGAGGAUCUGUGUAAAAAUCCCCACGGAAUACCUUCUACUGCGCUACACCCAUAUGGUUUGGAUCAUCAUUCCUCGGUUUAUUCAGUAAUGCUCACUGAGUCUGUGUAUUUCAGGCCAAUCAGAGGCCUAAUGUGCGGCCCAGUCGAGCGCUCAGAUAAGAGGGUGAACUGAAGUUAGCCAGAGUGAAGUCUGAAACAGUUUCCCCUCCGCAGAUAUCUCUGCUACACAUGCAGAUACUGUUGAAUGCAAAGAAUUCACUGUGAAAAAAACACUGUGAAUUUUGUUAUAUAUUACUCAUUCUGUGAAUGAAAGGAGAAGUUUGCUCCCUUUUUUUUAAGUUUGUGCUUUUAUACUUUGACACUCAGAGGAAAAGGGGAGAUGUUUCCUUCUUAUUUUAAUAGCAGUAUUAGGCAGAGAUUAGAAAAACCUGAGGAGUGCAGUUUUUUUAUAGACUCAAUCUUCCUCAGAGCAACACAUGCUGCAGACACAGCUGUUUCUUACUGUUCAAAUUGAGUUAAUGUAGUUAUUUGUACUGUUUUAGAAUUACCAGUUACUGUUUAUCAUAUAACUGUGUUAGAUAUCUGUCCUACAUGCCCAUGCAAAGACAUUUGUCUCAUAAAUGUAAAGAAAACCCUGAAUACUGCUUCAUUUUUCAUUGUUUCAAGCAAGUAUGAACCAUUUCAGGAUCUUGAAUUAAAUUAAUAUCUCAACUUCUUGAGAGAAAAAUUUGA